AUGACUACCAUUCCAGUCUUAGUAGUCGGUGCUGGCCCUUCAGGCCUUGUGGCAGCUCUGACGCUCCUUCGCAAUGGUAUUCCUGUCCGUAUCAUAGACAAGGAAUCGAAAUAUCGUGUAGGUCAGCGCGGUGGAGGCAUCCACGUACGAUCUACAUUCUUUCAUUCUGCCAUAUAUGCUUGGCUAAUAGCCACUGUCCGUCAUCUCCAGCCCCGUUCGCAAGAACUUUUCAGAUUUCUCGGUGUCCCCGAAGUUGAUCAGAUGUUAAAGCCAUUUUUGCCGAUGCAAACUUAUAAACCGGGCACUGUUGAGCCUCUCGCAAGUUUCCCGAUGUUUCCAUAUACCGAGCCAACAGCGGCUAUCCCUUAUUACAAUCCUGCUGCCUUAGGCCAAGAGACACUCGAGCGCAUCCUACGUUCUCAUAUACAAAAGCUAUCAUGCACUGUUGAACUUGGCACAGAGCUCCGUUCCAUCGAGCAAUAUUCUGACCAUGUUGUGGCGCAUGUCGUGAGGAAAUUGGAUAAUGGCAAGGAGGUCUUCGAGGUUAUCCAAGCCAACUGGCUUAUUGGAUCAGAUGGAGCUAGAGGUGCUGUUCGCAAGCAGCUGGGAUUAACAUUCUUGGGAGAAUCAUACUAUGAUAAGCAUUGGUUGACAGGAGACAUACGUUUGCAUGGACCAGGGAUCGACAGAGAGCAUUGGCACAUCUUUGGGGAUUUCAAAGCUGAUGCUGUCGUGUUACGUCCUACAGACGAAAUUGCACCGGAUGGCUUCCAGUUUGUGGUUUCAGGUCGAAACAUCGACAUACCUAAGUUAGCUUCCAGCGAGGAAGAGCUUUUGAAGGUGUUCUCGUCUUUGAUCAAAACCGAUUUGACUAUUGAAAAGGUGAUGUGGAGCUCUGAGUACAGGCCGAAUGUCCGGAUGGUGAAUAAGCUUAGGGAGGGCAGAGUCUUUGUCGCAGGAGAUGCAGCACAUAUACACCCCCCUUCAGGUGGACAGGGGCUCAAUUCGAGCGUGCAAGACUCUUUCAACCUGUGCUGGAAGAUCGCGCUGGUCGAGAAGAACAUUUCACCUGUCUCCAUCCUCGAUACGUACAACACAGAGCGCAUUCCUGUUAUCGCAGAGAUGCUUAAUUUGACGAAUGUGCUUUUUAACAAAGGCAAAGAUGUCCAAACGGCUGCAGCGCGCUUCCAACGUGGAGAACAGGUAUACAUGCUUGGUGUGAACUGCCGUGGGAGCCCCAUUGUGUUUGACGAGUUCGUGACGGAUGCGAAACCCGCUGAUUCUUAUAGGCUUAUUCAAGAUGGAUGUCUUCAGGCAGGAGAUAGGGCCCCUGAUGCCCCUGGCCUUGUAGAUAUCAUGUACCCGGGUGGUACAACGACCACACGCCUAUUCGACAUCUUCCAGCCGAUUUAUCACACAGUUCUCGUCUUCACAGCAGAUUAUACCACGGUCGCACAGAUCGUCUCUGCUCUUGGGUUGUACGAUUCCAACGUUAUUCGAACCGUCGUAGUCCUUCCUGCAAACGCGGUUACCACCGAUGAGUCCGUGUCCACCCCUGCGAAUUUAACGUUGAUGGAUCAAAAUUGCCACGCGUAUGCUGGAUAUGUGGUUGGGGAUAAGCAGACAAGGGUUGUUAUUGUGAGGCCGGAUGGUGUUGUUGGUGCAAUAGUGCGGGGGGAGGAAGGAUUGAAAAAAUAUUUCAACGGUAUUUUUGUAGCUUGA